AUGUCACAUCGAAAAUUACAACAGGAAGUUGACCGAGUGUUCAAAAAGAUCAGUGAGGGUCUGGAGAUAUUUGACACUUAUUAUGAGCGUCAUGAGAACUGUACGAACAACCCUCCACAAAAGGAUAAGCUGGAAAGUGAUCUGAAGCGGGAAGUGAAAAAGCUACAGCGACUGCGAGAGCAGAUCAAAGGUUGGCAAAGCUCGCCAGACAUCAAGGAUAAGGACUCUCUGCAGGAAAACAGGAGGUCUGUAGAAAUAGCCAUGGAGAAAUACAAAGCGGUGGAAAAAGCGUCGAAAGAAAAGGCUUACUCCAACAAUAGUCUUAAAAAGUCCGGGAAUUUGGACCCGCUAGAAAAAGAGCGUAGAGAUGUAUCCGAAUAUCUAUCACAGAGCAUUGAGGAACUGGAAAGACAAUAUGAUUCAAUUCAGGUGGAGGUUGACAAGCUGAUACUGCUCAACAAGAAGAAGAAAACUUUCACAGCGGCCAACGAAGAGCGCAAAGUGCAGCUCAAGGAACUGCAGGGCAGAUUCAGAUGGCAUUUACAGCAAUUGGAGCUUGCACUGCGGCUUGUGGAGAACCAAGAACUGGAUCCAGAACAAGUAAAAGGUGUUCAAGAUGAUAUCAAUUACUACGUUGAAUCAAACAUGGAAGCUGACUUUGUCGAAGAUGAAACCAUAUACGAUAGUCUCAAUUUGACGUCUAACGAGGCCAUAGCACACGAGGUUGCCGCGGCAUUUGCCGCACAGCAUAGUGAAGACAUGGAAGAGGAUGCAGCAAAAGAAAACUUAAAGGUAUCGAAGAAGGAACAGCGAAAACUGGAACGGGAGGCCAAAAAGGCUGCGAAGGCAUCGGCAAAAGCCGGUGAACCCUCAAUGGAGGAUCAUCCCCAGCCAGCAGGCAUAGUAAUACCACAACGGAGUGAACAUCGGCAAAAUGAGCUCCAGAGCGAACCGGCCUCCGCUAGUACAUCGCGAUCGUCAUCACCCGCAUUAUCGUCCGCAGGAACCAGUAUUCCGGCUACAGCUCAUGCAAAAAUACCCAGCAGUUUGCCUAGUUCUGCCCAGACCACCAUUCAACCCUCCUCCUCACAGCCGAAGCAAAUGCGCAGCGUAUCUCGCGACGUCGCUUCUGAAGCUCAGUGCCACACUCACAUUCACCAAUCAUUCAAUGGCAUAACCACAAGCACACUGAAACCAGCAACGAUACCCAUAAGACCCGCAGGCGAUCUGCGAUGGGCUGCUGCUGCUUCUCAAGCCGCUGAGAAAGACAAGAAACCGGAACCUGCGGCAACGCUUCAAACUCUUGGUGCUUCCAACCCAUCAUCUGCCACAAACAGCACAUUACCAAGCUCUUCGAACACACCUGUUAUCACAAACUUGCCCAUGGGUGUCGAUUUACAAAAACGUAUCCCUUCAACAUCAAGCAUUUUGACUAGCGCAGUACCACCACCUGGAUUAGCGACGCCGGAUUCUGUAUCUACACCGAUUCCAAAUGGAGGAAUAUCCAAUGCCUCAGCGUCUCAAGAAUUUGGAUUACCGGUCUUGUCAAAUGCUGUGCAAGGUUCCGAACCGGAGCUGGUCAACGACGAUUAUGAGUCGGAGUACUCGUUUGAGAACUUUGAAGACCCUUAUCAGCAGACGCUAUUUACUGCCGAGGAGCUCGAUAGUAAAACCGAAAGAAUAAAGUCACUGAAACAGAACCUCAGCGAAGAUCUUGACUUACUGGUCCUGCCAAGUGGUAUUCAAGACUUUAUCAUGAGCACAACAAUGACACGCAAUGACGCGUUUCCCCACAAUUUCAAUGGUGCAAAGCAACGCACGAUAGGUGAUGCUUGUCGUGUAUCUAGGCUCGAUGAAAUACCCGUUACUUUCAAUCCUCCUUCGCCUCUAGAUGCCUUCCGCUCAACAAGCUUCUGGGAUAUCACUCGUUGCGGUCUACGAGACAAACUCUAUAGCCAAAAUGAUCACGACUCCUUGAACUUCGACAGUAUAGUUGAAAAUUUCCGUGGACUGGAAACCUUUUCGUUAUUUUACUGCUAUUACUACUCAAUUACACCACUGGAGCACAAGGUAGCCUACACAUUGCUCACAGAGCGUAAUUGGAAAAUGUCGAUUUCUGGAGACAGUUGGUUUUGCCGACACGAUCUGCCCAAAUUCACUAACGAGCUUUUCGAGAUUGCUGAUUACAAGAUAUUCAAUCUAGAUGACUGGGCUGUCAUCGAUAAACUUAAUUACAAGCUUGAUUAUAGCACGUUGAAGGAACGCUUUUUGUCACCGCAAGAGACUAGUUCGACACCAAAGGUAUCUCUGAAACCUAUUCAAGCAGGAAGGGUAAGGACAAACUCGACAGCACUGUGA